AGCCAGGCGCUCCUCCCUUCCGUGCUAUCCUUCCAACAUUCUUUCACACAUCGCCUCUAGAACACACGCAUACACAAAGAUGCCGGGACUCCUCGUACUCACCCGCCACGGCCAAUCCGAGUGGAACAAGCUCAACCUGUGUGAGUCCCGAGCCAGGUGACGCAGCACGACCAGCGCACAAGUCACCCAAGGGAGCGGAAUGGGAGAGAUAGCAGCAGCCUCUGGCAGGUCACGCAAGCUGACCCCUCACAAACUGCCUCCACCAUCACCAACUGAACCCUGCGUCAUCACAGUCACCGGAUGGAAGGACCCCGCUCUCACUGAGCAGGGCAAGGGAGAAGCCCUUAAGGGUGCCCAGGAGCUCAAGAAGUACGGAUACACCAGCUUCGACCUCGCCUUCACCUCUGCUCUCCAGCGUGCCCAGAACACCCUGGCGAUCCAGCUCAAGGAGAUUGACCAGGAGGGCAUCCCCACCAAGAAGGACCAGGCACUGAAUGAGCGAGACUACGGAGACCUCACCGGCCUGAACAAGGACGACGCCCGAAAGAAGUUUGGUGAAGAGCAGGUUCACAUCUGGAGGAGGUCCUACGACGUUCCUCCCCCGGGAGGCGAGUCCCUUGAGCUGACGGCCAAGAGGGUGCUGCCUUACUUUGAGAAGGAGAUCAAGCCUGAGCUGCUCAAGGGCAAGAAGAUCAUCAUUGCUGCCCACGGAAACUCUCUCAGGGCUCUGGUCAAGGAGCUGGAGAAGCUCACCCCCGAGCAGACCCUCGAGCUCGAGCUGGCAACUGGUGUGCCCCUCGUCUAUGAGAUCGACGAGAAGGGUGCCGUUCUCAGCAAGAAGAUCCUCGAGUAAGGCUGAGGCGAAACAGCGCUUCAGACUUAGAUCGCCAGCUGUCACGCGAUGAAUCGCCGCCAAACGUAGAGACUGGUUGGCUUAUAGAAAAUGAAUAUCAAAUCGUCU